UGUGCGGGGCAUGACAAACCAUCGUGGUUCACCGGCGCUGGGCACAAUGCAGAAUAACUUGAAGGAACAUUUGUACAAAAUACUCGUUAUCGGUGACCUGGGAGUGGGGAAGACGAGUAUCAUAAAGCGAUAUGUUCAUCAAACAUACUCUACUAACUACAGAGCGACAAUUGGGGUGGAUUUUGCACUAAAAGUUCUCAAUUGGGAUUCGGAGACGGUACGAUUACAGCUAUGGGAUAUAGCAGGCCAGGAGCGGUUCGGGAACAUGACGCGGGUGUACUACAGAGAGGCCAUGGGUGCCUUCAUCGUCUUCGACGUUACCAGGCCGACGACGUUCGAGGCGGUCACCAAGUGGAAGGAGGACCUGGACUCGAAGCUGACGCUGGCCAACGGACAAAGCAUCGCCACGGUUCUGCUGGCCAACAAGUGUGACCAGGGCAAGGACGUCCUCAACAACAAUGGCAUCAAGAUGGAGCAGUUCUGCAAAGAGAACGGCUUCGUCGGCUGGUUCGAGACCUCAGCAAAGGAAAACGUCAACAUCAAUGAAGCCGCCAACUUCCUGGUGAAGCACAUCAUCGCCAGCGAGAACGACAUCCUGAAGUCCGUGGUUCCAGACACCAUCUCCCCACAGCUCGGCUCCUCCAAAGAGGUCAGCUGCUCCUCCUGCUUCAAGUCCUAAGGGAGGCGCAGCAUCUUUGGAAAGCGGCUCGAUGGGGAAGGCUGCACGUCAUUGUUUCGAGGAGCUCACAGAAACAUCGCAGUCACGAGUCUUACUCCUUCCACUACUAAAUGUCCCCCAAGCCAGCCUCCAGCUCAAGCCUGCCCAUGGACACUCUCUCCAGGAGGUGUUGUUUCGCAUUGUGUUAGAAACAGAUCUUGGUUGUGUUUUUAUCUUAUUGAGCCAAACUCGUAAUAAUAACAAGCGUGAGAUUAUGGACAGUGUUACCGAACAUGUUAUGGUUUGAACACCUCAGUGUUGUAAACGUUUUUUAAUACCAAUGUCAAGCUUGUAUGAAUCAUGUCGCACAAAUAGGAAGACGUGGCGUGUUUAUUUUGUUUUUCUCCCCGAACGUACAGAAGGUGGAAUGGUUGAGUUUAAAUCUCAUACGUAUGUGUCAACCCUCAGAGGCAUACUAUGGCAUGGCUCUCCACAACAUAGAAUAGAGCUCAAUGUCUUCUAGGCAUGUUCCAGCCCCACAGAGCUCUUCAGCCGCUGUAUUUAUCAAACCACUGGAAUACUACAGUUCUCCCACUAACUGGUUCUUUUAUAUUUUAUUUUAUACGACAGAAAGCAGACGGACAGGCAGACACAAAGAUAGGUUAGUGGAUAGGUAUGUAGAUAGACAGAUUAAUAAUAUAUAUAAAAUUAGGAUUGUUGCGCAUGGAAUUGCACAUCAUUGUCAUGUUGGUCAACAAAUACUGAUUAAAUGUGCCGUUUGCAGUUUUGGUCAUCUGAAAGGCCUCUGGAGCUACCAUAGUGGAAAAACCCAGCAAGAAUGUGUCACAAUAUGAAUCUACUGAAGAAAUAUUGUCAUAAAGGACCAAAUAUCUUUUCACUGCUCAUUUAGAAUUGUAGUUUUAGAGGCAUUUUCUUUUUUAAAUCUUUGGACAAAUGCAACCGUAAACUGCACCAGUAGUGUUUUUAGAAUUUAGAAACGAUCCUGAUGGCAUAGCAAACCUGAAGGCAUGUCUUGCGCAGGCAUCAUAUCUAGUUGUGGUGGUACGGUAAUGAGAUAUCUCCUACAUUUAGGCUUAAUCAAUUUAAAUGGACUGCCUUGGCUGAUAUGACAUGUCAAACUCCAUCACCUUUCUUAUUUGUAUGUGGUAUCGUUUGUAUUGCUCCUAAUGUGUUUUUACAUGUAAGGUUCUGUGCAAUAAAACAGGUAACUGACUCCUACUCUGAGCUGAGCCUGAGAAAACUGCCGUUGGACACAACUGCAACCCACACCCA